AAUCGAUAAAGAAAAACGUUGAAUGCGCAUUUAAAUGGAUUUUUAAAAAAUCUUCCUGGUUUGAUGAAAACACGGAAAAGACAGACCGUAAAUAAAAAAAAGCUACAUACCCAGGCAAGACAAACAUCCAAGCGGUAUGCAUCACUUAACACUGAUCAUUUUGCUGAAUAGCUUGCAUGUAAAUGGGUUGGUAAAUCUAGCACUACAUCAGCCAACGUGGGAGCAGUAUCCAUGGCCAGACAAAGGGAAUGACUUUGGUAGUGAGAAUGCUGUGGACGGUAUGUACACCGAUCGUGGAACUGGGGGUCAAUGUACAAUAUCUGAUGACGGCAAAUACACAGCAACAUGGAGAGUAGACCUUGAAAGAGUUGUCAGCGUCAGUCACAUAGACAUCUACUAUAGGACGGAUAACCAAAAUAAUAGUCAAUAUUUAGAAAGAAUGGCCGGCUUUUUUGUCUAUGUUUCCAACACAACCUCCAAAGACGAUGGCUAUCUCUGUUAUCACGAUGAAUUAACUAACCGAUUCAUGUUGUCAGAAGAUCAGCACAUUAACUGCACUAUUUUAGGACGAUACGUUAUAUACUAUAAUGAACGUAGACAGGGUGCUAUGUAUCCUAGCUUCUAUUCAAAACAUGCUUUUAAUGAACUGUGUGAAGUAGAGGUAUAUGGAUGUAAAGGAAUCUAUGGUGACGAUUGUAUUUAUCCAUGCCCCGCACACUGCAAAGAUAGGAGAUGUGACACCAAUACAGGCCACUGUUUAAGUUGUUCCUCGGGAUUUAAGGGUUUAGAAUGUCACAUUGUUUGUAACAACAAGACCUACGGACCAGCAUGUGCUUUAAAAUGUGGUAACUGCAGCAAUGGAGAGACGUGUCAUCACAUCAACGGUACCUGUCUUCACGGAUGUGCUGAAGGGGCACUAGGCGAUACCUGCCAGGAAGGAUGCCAAUCAGGAUAUUAUGGAAGGAAUUGCAGUCACCGUUGUAGUGAAAACUGCAUUGUUACCAGUCAAUGUGACAGAUUUACAGGACAAUGUGACGGUGGUUGUAAACCAGGAUGGACAGGAAGCACAUGUAAUCAAAUUAGAGCUACUAACACACAACCUAGUUCAUGCACAGAGAGCUACACCAUUGUAAUCGUCGUGGUAUCAGUUCUGAUUGUUGUCACAGGAAGUCUGAUAAAUUUUGUCAUCUGGAAAAGAAAUGUUGCAAAACUUUCCAGAAUGAGCCGUGAAAAUAUGCCGCAACCUACAUAUAAAACAGAGGACAAAGAGCAUCAAUACACAGAGCUUGAAGAGGUUGACAAAUCCAAGACAUAUGAAGAAAUCCAUAGGUAUUCCAACUGAAACCAUCACUGUCUACUAGUACCAAAUAUCCUGGAAAAGAUUUUCAACAAAAAACUACAUAUACAAAGCAACAAAUGCCACAAAAUUCAAGUUUGGAACAAUUUUAGUGCCGUAUGUUGCACUGUAGGGCAGAAUAUCAUGAUUCUCUACAACUGAUUUUUUUUCACUUCGGCUGUGCUGUUUAGCAUAUGCACAACAUUAACCAUACCAUCGUCCUGAGAAUUUGGUGUAAAUUGUAGAUUUAACUGCAGUAUUUGCAAAAUGUGAAUGUGGCCACAUUUGACCACCUCUUUGAAACUUUUAGAACUGAGAUAUAUUGCCAACAUCUGCCUUCCUGCAAAAUUUCUAAAUGUUGUAUUAUAAACAUUUUCCAAAAAAAUGCUAAAAAAACCCACAAAACUCUCUACAACAGCGAUAUUUAUAUCCUUAAUUCUUAUUGAAAUAUAAGAGAUUAUUUAUUAUAUGAAAAGAAUUAUUUGUGAGUUUACGAAAUAUUCAUUGUAUUGAUUAUUUGUAAUAGCAAUGCCUUAUCAAAUAAAAUUCAACAUGUUUUAUAACGCAGUUAUAUACACCAAAGCUUAAAUAUUUAGUUUAAAUUCUACUUUUUUUUUUAAAUCGUGACCCCCGGAUUAAUAAUGAGUCCAGCGAAGGCGUUCAAAAUUUAACUUUAAAGAAACUGACCAGCGCAUAUCGGAAUACCCUUAAAAGCGACUGGCAUAAAACGACGAAUUGGCAAAGAAAUUAACCGGUGUAAAAACACAAUGGAGACACAUGUUGUUGUCAAAAAUGUCUAUGUAACCGUGGUUACAGAUAAACUAGGUCUAAAUCAAUAUCCAUUAAUAGUAUUCUGUAAUACAGAGUAUUUGAGUAGCUUUCCACAAAAUUACAAAAUAAUU